GCAAGCGAAUCGGCGAGCGAAUCGGCGAGCGAAUCGGCGAGCAGGCCAGCAAGCAGUGUGGGGCGCAGACGAGGCAGCGCACUCGGCCGCCGAUGGACGGAUGGAUGGAUGAAUGAAUGAACAGCACCGAUGUGGGCCUCGGCGACCGCAAGAUCGCAUCCAACCAGCCGCCGCCGCUUUGCUCUCGUCUUCCUGCUCUCCUGUAUCCUGUUGCUGCCUCCCACAGCUGCCGCCGCUGCCGCUGCCUUCCGAACCGCCUGGGUCCAUGUUUCGUUUCCUCGACUCCUCGCCAGAUUCAGGCGACACGCUUCAGCUGAACAAGUUGCUGGAGCUGCUCCGAGCCAACGAACAUGCGCUUGCCAACAUCAUCGCCUCCCUGAGACAAAAGGCCGGUCUGGACUCCACUUAUGCGAGAGCGUUCAACUCGCUGUCGUCUCGGUUCAUCCGCCGAUCCUCUGCUCCAACUCCGCACGGCCCGGUAUCGCAACUGCAGGCACUGGCCGAAUCGAUAGUCACUCUGCCGCUGAGCCUCUCCACAGACCCAGAAACUGGACCUGAUUCCUUCGACCACGAGGUCAUCCAGGAGCUGGUCUCCGCCAAGAACCAAGUCAGCGCAGAUAUUGACACCCUGCAAAAACACAUCAGCAAACUCUCCUACGAGCUCACAACAACACGAAGGCAUGUCUCCAAGCUCCAUGGCGAAUACGUAAGAUCAAUCGACCAUUUGGAGAAAGAGCUGUCCAAGAACACAGUCUCGCUUAAGAUUGUGUCAUUCAAGAUGAAGGUUGACCAGGCCGAUACCUCGUACCGCCAUGCCAUCGUCGCCGCAGAGCUGAAGCGACUGGAAAUCAAGGACAGCUGGGAGAAAAUUCGCUUGGCAUCUUGGAAUUUCGAAAGUUGCCAGCUUCAACGGAUCGAGCCGGCGAUCCAGAAACUGGAAAAGUUUGUCGCUCCAACUGAGGAGCCAAACUGGAGCACUUUCCAGUCGGAGGUUGCUGAUCUCCGAGCCAAUGUUGAACAACAGCGGGAGGCCUUUUGCAAAGUAUUCGAUCAGUAUUGUCCGCCACCACGAGCAUUCGUUCUGCAUGACUUCAAGCUCCAGCCGCUUCCUGCGCCGUGCUUCAAGAUCGAGAUCAGCAGCUCGCUCUGCAGCAAAACCGAUAUGGUCCCCGACAUUCUGCGCGGAUGCAUUGAAGCCAUCGAGGCCAAAGGGCUCGAGACUGAGGGCAUUUACCGUAUCCCUGGCAGCAAGAAGCAGAUCGAGAGCAUGAUAUGGCAGCUCGAGCACGGUCUGGAUUGUGCCGAACUGAAGAGUCCAGACCACGAUAUUCAUGCGAUCGCAGGGACCGUCAAGCAGUAUCUGCGAGAGCUGCCCAACCCGCUAUUCGCCUUUAUUGACAAGCCGUCGGAAGACUGGCCGACCAUCAGCGCCGGGCAAAUGGAGCGAGUUGGACGAUACAACGACUCCGACUUGGAAACCAAGCUGAUCAAUUUGCGUACUUCCAUAUCAUAUCUGCCAGCGGUGUACCGUGCGACGUUGCGAUACACGUUGCAGCAUCUAAAGAGGGUAUCGAAUAGGUCGAGCGAGAACAAAAUGACGGUCGACAACGUGGCGACGAUCUUUGCCGAUGACAUCAUUCGGGAUCCGUUCGCGGACAAGGAAGUGCAUCCGAGUCAAGCAGGUCCAGACCGAGGUGUCCCAGUCACCCAGGACGAUCAACUGUCCAUCAUUCGCAACAUUGUUGCGUAUGGCCAGCUGCAGGACCAGGUUAUCGCGGAUCUAAUACGGCUUCAGGACCAACUCUUCUGAGCACUCCGCGAACUGCCGAGCCGACCUGCGCCAGCGGACGCUCACUUGCGGCUCGGUCCAUGAGAUUGCCUGAGGUGCCCGAGCCUCCGGCGCUGUACAUUCGCUGCCGUUGUUUUCAAUCCACAUUCUUGUUGCCCAAAUUCAUAUCCUUCUUCCGGCCAAUGCGGCG